CACAGCUUCAGGACAACAUCCCGCGUACGCCGUACGGUUCGAACGGUUUGCUGGCUGAAUCGUAACGACCUGACAGUCGGUGGACAGUUUUUUUUUUUGUUUCCGUUCGACUAGUUGCGAAUGUUCGUCCAGUGACCAAGCACUGCGUGGCGCUAAGUAUAAUCGACUCGAUUGCUCGAGUCGUUGUUCCCAUCCCCGUUUGACGUUUCUCGGUCGUCGGACUUCUUCAGGAUCAGCUGCUCACUCGAUAGGGGGAAUUAUUUAUUCAUACGUCCGGAGAAACACGCACCCCCCCCUCCCCCUCCCUACUCUCUGUCCCGCGUUUCUAUUGUGAACUGCAAGAUUCGUCGAGCGCGAGCGAAUCGUGACGUCCGACCGUUGCCAUGCCUCAGACAGAGAAUUAAACCGAGUGUGAGUAAAAUCGAACCGUGUCCGUGAUCGUAUGCAUCAUGCGAAGGGGUCCACGAUCUCUUCGAGCGAGCGUAGCCAAAUCGGUGGACUGAUCGGUGGUGUCGAUCGGGAACAACGAGAACAAGGAUGAAUGGUGGCUCGUAGAGGAGGAGUGUUAAGAUCAAAUACUGGUAACAAUCAUAGUAGUAGUAGUAAUAAUAAUAAUAAUAAUAACAACAACAACAAUAAUAAUAAUAAUAAUACGGUGAUUCGUAUGGACGCGCCGGUGAGUCUCAGUUUUACAACUGAGUACAUUCAGUGGAAGUGAGUGUGAAGAUACUCUGAAGGUAAAUUGAGUGCAGCAGAAAGAACAUCGAUAAAAAAUUCUUGUCACACAGAUGCGAAUCGCGAACACUGAUGUGAAGAAGAAGCGCGGUCCGCGCUGUUGGUAUCGUUCUGUUUGAGGGUACCGGUUUUCGAUUGGUUUAGGUCUAAGCCCGACAGCUUAGACUUGACUGGUUUCACGAUGAUGUACUCACCGGACAAAAUGAUGGGGAGUAAGGGGCUCCACGGGGCACCGAUCACUGCCCCGGGCUGUUUCCCUUCGGGAAGGUAUUCGCCACCACCUUAUCGUGCCGCACCGGAUCCCAUGCCGCCACCGCCGCGACGCUGUAUGCCCAAUCCCACAAGUCGUAUAUUGGAAGAUGCCUCCAUUAUGUGCAAUUCCUGGUCACCAAGGCAUAACGGUGACUUAUUCGGGGGUCUGAACAGCGGUCUACAAGACGGCUUACUUUCGAGGGCGGAAGCUUUGGCGGCGGAUUUGGGAAAACACAACGCGGGCACCCCAAUGCCUUUGAAGCACGACCCUGUUUCCGUCUAUCAUCAUGGAGCCCACAUGCCAACCCCCCAUCCAAAUAACCGGCCACAUCAUCAGGUACAUUCACACCUCUUUAUGAGCCAUCCGGGAAUGGAAAGUCUGGACAUGUUAGACCCGGCAAACUCGAUGACCACGUUAACGCCGAUGUCGGAGAACACGGGCGGCGGGCCGGGUCAUCACGCCGGGAUCCACGGCCCCUCGGUUUACGGGGGCAUGAACGGAAUGAUGGGUCAUCAUCAUCACCACGGAAACCUAAGCGGCGGCGGUGGCAGCGUGCCGCAUCCGGCUCAUCAUCAUCCAGCAAUGGCGGCGGCAGCUGCAGCAGCCGCUGCCGCCGGUCUUCAUCCCGAUGCGGACACAGACCCACGAGAAUUGGAGGCGUUCGCGGAAAGGUUCAAACAGAGACGCAUCAAGUUAGGCGUGACACAGGCGGACGUCGGUAAAGCGCUAGCGAAUUUGAAGUUGCCGGGCGUCGGGGCGCUCUCGCAGUCCACGAUAUGUCGAUUCGAGUCGUUGACGUUGUCGCAUAACAACAUGAUCGCGCUGAAGCCGAUCUUGCAAGCGUGGCUGGAGGAAGCGGAGGCUCAAGCGAAAAACAAAAGGCGAGACCCGGAUGCCCCGUCGGUUUUGCCGGCCGGCGAGAAGAAAAGAAAGAGGACGAGCAUAGCCGCGCCAGAGAAACGAUCGUUGGAGGCGUAUUUCGCCGUGCAGCCGCGGCCGUCCGGCGAGAAGAUCGCCGCGAUCGCGGAGAAACUCGAUCUGAAGAAGAACGUGGUCCGAGUGUGGUUCUGCAAUCAGCGGCAGAAGCAGAAGCGCAUGAAAUUCGCGGCUCAACAUUGACCCGAGGGUGGCUUGUGACAGCAAAACUGACCGUAUCAGUUGCCCAGUCUCGAGCCUAAACCAGAACCCUUGACCGAGUUUCAAGGAUGGCCUUGAAUAGAAAAACGGACAAUAUAAGAGGACGAAGGACGCCAUCGCUGUGAGGAUAGAGAAGUGCAAGAAGCGGUAGAAGUGGGAUUAACAGAGCACACUACUGGACUACUGGUUUUACGUAGUUGCUGAGAGAGAAUCGUUGGAAGUGAUGCGCGUACGACUUCUCGGUUUCAAGUGGAUCGCAAACGUGCUAAGCUCGAUGCUGCGGCCAAGUAAGCGAUAGUCAAACUGUCACAGGCAUAAUACCAAGAACAUACGUAUUUAGCGGUCAUAUCGCGCGCGCGCGCGCGUGCGUGUGAUGUUCUCGACGCGUCUGGCGGCGAGUUUUUCCACCGGAACCGACGAUGCACGACGAAUUGAUUCGCGAGCCUCUUCCCUCUUCGGAUUUACGAUUUUCACUUAAUUCACAACUAAUUACAACUCCGAUUACGAUGAAUAAUAAAUUUGUAUAAAUGGUGUUUACCGGUUCAUCGGUUAUCUAUUAUUAACACAUCAGGUGAAAAAUGAAUUGUUAGACUGUUUGGCGUUAAGAAAACAUCUCUCGAGUAUGGCGUUGAGAACUAAAUAAUAUUCCAUUCUGUACGUGAAAAUGGAAAUAUAGUCGAUUCGACAUUGUUUGUCAAUUCUACUUUUCUUUCUUUUUAAGGAAAAAUUUUUAAUUCAGAGAACUGAACAUGGAAUCUGGCAACGUAAUUGAUAAAACAGAAAUUCAACGACUAUAGAUAAAAGUAAUAAGAAUCGUCGAUGUUAUGUAGUGAAAGACACGAUAUAUAUUGCAUGAUGAGAAUAUCGUAUAAAACGACGUAAAAAUGCCCUUACGGAAACCCUAGAUCAAAUCAUCUGUAAAGUGAGAUAGAAUUUGUGUAGCAUAUCAGCUACGAUCGCGAUAAAACAGUUUACGAGCGUAUCCACUUUUAGACCAGCUUCUGCAGACUGGAAAUCGUCGUUGACGCCGAUUUCACGAUCGCGGUUUCAAAGGUUACUGAAUUCGGCAUAUUUCGAAAUUUACACUUUCUGAUUGUUCGUAACCCCAUACUCCAGAUGUAUGGAAUAAUAUUUUGUGCCUUGAAUUUUUCAUAUUUU